UUAUUAUUUCUCUUUGCAUGUGUGAUGUGCAUACUUUGCACAAGCUUGGUUCCACUAACAAUGGAACACAAUUUCAUGGUUUCAUUGUUGUUCUUGUUGCUGAUUACUUUACCUUUGAGUGCAGAAUCAAAGUGUAGCAAGAGCUGUGACUCGGCUUUAGCUUCUUACUAUCUUUGGAACAAUGAUUCCAGCCUGCUAUAUAUUUCAUACAUCAUGCAAUCCAAGUUUCUUUACAAAGUUGAAGAUAUUGUUAGAUACAACGAAGGCAUAUACUCAUACUCAUAUCCAUCACAAACCAGAAUAAACGUUCCAAUUCCUUGUGAUUGCAUCAAUGAUGGCGAGUUUCUGGGCCACACAUUCCAGUACUCAGUUACUCUAGGUGACAACUACUCAGCCAUUGCCAGUGGGAGCUUUUCCAACUUAGUAACUACAGAGUGGCUUCAGAACACUAACAAUUAUCCAAAAGAUGCUAUUCUUGCUGGAGGAACGGUUAAUGUGACUGUUAACUGUUCUUGUGGAGACAGUAAUAUUAGCAAAGAUUAUGGACUGUUCAUCACAUACCCUCUUAGGACUGAGGAUUCUUUGCAGUCAAUUGCAAACCAGACAAAGCUUGAUCCUGAGUUGUUGAUGAAAUACAACCCCGGUGUAAAUUUCAACAAAGGGAGUGGUCUAGUUUAUAUUCCCGGCAGAGAUGAAAACGGUAACUAUCCGCCUCUUCACCCAAGCUCUGGAGGUCUACCACGUAGGGUUGUUGCUGGAAUAUCUGUUGGAGUUGUAGCAGUAAUUAUGUUAUCAGCAUUUUGUGUUUAUAUGAAGUGUUUGAAGGUAUGGAAGAAAAAACUGCGAGCAGAAUAUUCCGGUUGGAAAACUGCUCGAGCUAGGGAAGAUAAAGCCCCUAAUAGCUUCGCAAACAUAAGUGCAGAAAAAUCAGCAGAGUUUUCAUAUGAAGAACUGGCCCAUGCCACAAAUAACUUCAAUUUGGCUAACAAAAUUGGUCAAGGUGGUUUUGGAGAAAUCUAUUAUGCAGAGCUGAAUGGCAAGAAAGUUGCAAUAAAGAAGAUGGACAUGAAAGCAUCAAAAGAAUUUCUCGCAGAACUGAAAGUUUUGACACAUGUUCAGCACUUAAACCUGGUCCAUUUGAUUGGAUAUUGUGUUAAGGACUUCCUUUUCCUUGUUUAUGAAUACAUUGACAAUGGAAACUUAAGCGAACAUCUACGAAAUUCAGAUAGAGAACCUUUGCAGUGGUCUACCCGGAUUCAAAUAGCUCUAGAUUCAGCCAGGGGACUUGAAUAUAUUCAUGAACAUACAAAGCCUGUAUAUAUCCAUCGCGAUAUAAAGUCGGCAAACAUAUUAUUAGACAAAUCCUUCCAUGGAAAGGUUGCAGAUUUCGGACUAGCAAAGCUGAUUGAUACUGGAAGUUCCUCAGCUCCCACUGCUAAUAUGGCAGGCACAUUUGGUUACAUGCCACCAGAGUAUGUAUAUGGCAGAGUUUCUCCUAAAUUAGAUGUCUUUGCUUUUGGGGUUGUCCUUUAUGAGCUUAUUUCUGCUAAAGAAGCUGUGAUCAAUGGUGGUGCUGAAAUAAAGGGUCUUGUAGCUUUGUUUCAUGAAGUUUUUGAUCAGCCAGAACCUAAAGAAGGUCUUAAAGAACUGGUGGAUCCUAGGCUUGGAGAUAAUUACUCAAUUGGUUCAGUUUUCAAGAUGGCACAACUUGCCAAUGCAUGUACAGAGGCAGAUCCGAAGCGGCGUCCGAAGAUGAGAUCGGUGGUGGUUGCUCUUAUGACACUUAGUUCAAGCACUGAGAAUUGGGACAUUGCUUCCUUCUAUGAAAAUCCAGCUCUUGUGAAUCUAGUAUCUGGUAGAUAGAAGUAACCAUGCAUAUACAAGUGUUACAUUGUAGUUCUUUUUGGCAAAACAAAAACUAAUUUGGGAAGAAACACUCUAUUGAUGCAUUUCAAUUGUCUAUCAACUUAUUACGGCAUUGAUAAACAAUCAAUGCUCUCAAGAUAUAGCUUCCAUGGUUCUUUCUGGUUUAUUAACAAACACUUUGUGCAUAUUGAAAUAUUUAAUUCUUUAUGGAGAAAA